CCACAUUGUGAAAGAUUUGUUGGUGCUGGCGACUCGCUAUAACCUAAAUAGAUGCAGCUGGUGUCUAGAUGCACCGAAGGAUAGAACGAGUAAAUUUGUGUUUGGAGGCAAAUAAUGACACCCUGAGGAGUCUGAAAACAACUCAGAGUCGCAUAUUGCCCAGCACGGUCCGUGGAAGGAUAAAGGCGUGGAGGAGCUGCUGGAGCUCUCGCGAGGGCUGAGCCUGAGCUUUCCCAAGGAUUAUUUAGUAGCUAUUAAUAAAAAAGUGAACCGCCCACCUGCCCUUUUUCCCUCCACAGCUGACCUGAGGCUCUAAGGGGUUUUUUCCUUAAAUGAACCAGGCUUAAAUGAACCAAGAGAACUCUAUGUUGUGGCCUUGAGCGCCCGCCACCACCCUCCGGUUUAUUUUACUUCCUGAAGAAAGCAUCGUGGUUUUCUGCUCUUCCUUUCCUGAGUUUUUACAUUAGAUGAUUUGCUGGUGAGAAAAGAGGGGAAGGGGAGAGGAGAUGGUCCCAGGAGAGCUGAUAAAUUCAACACAAACCCAGCCAUGCAGCAAAGGCCUUCAUCUGUCUCUCAUCUGGGGACGUUUUCAUCUUGUCACGGAGAGAAACGCACGUGCACACACAUCCACACACAUCACGAAACCCACACAAAUGAAACCCUCUCUUCGGAGAAGCCAGCUACAGGAAAUUGGCUUAUGCACAGGAACUUGCUAAUCUCUUUUGUCACAUUCGGAUUGUUCCUGCUGCCACAGUCACUGCGCACACUAAACCUCAACCAUCUGGGUUGGGUUCUCUACUAGCCUAACUCUUAAAAUUUCAGGUCUCCCAACAUGAAACAGUUAUAUGCUUGAGGAGGAAGGGAAGGUCGAUCCUUCGGCUGCUGUUGUUGUUGCUUACCUGCACCGAACAAAUUUGACUUCCGGAGUCCGUUAUAUUGAGGUCAAGAAAUUUCUUCGGCGUUCGACAGCAGAUGACUUGGAGACAGUUGUCCAGUCGGUGAGCGUUUGGGAGCCAUUACUCCAGAACUCUCCUCCGAGGGCCCCAAGCACCGAGAUGCUGGGCUGGCCUUGAGAUGAAAUCCCUCAGCAGACAGGACACCGUCUCUAAGGCUGAUCUCAUCGUCUGAAGCUCUUUCACCUGCAGUGAAGGAGAAUUCGUUUGACCCUUUCAUGAAAUUCAGAUUCCGCCACAUUUAUGCAGCCCUGUUUAAGUGGCCGGCACCAAAUAUGGUUGCUUUUAAUUCCCCAAGUGGCUGGGAUCCAUUAGAGACUGAAGCGGCAGAGAUCAUUGUCGGCGCUGUCCCCAUUUCUCGGAGCAGAAGCCAGCAGAGAGCUGUUGGAACACAUCCCUUUUGCACAACAGUUGAAGACCGGCCUUUAGAGGUUUCCCAAGUAGAUGGUGCGUCUUCUUUGGAUGGACUGGACCAAGUAAUAGGCUGCAAACUGCUCUGGGGUCCCAAGAACACUGACACUUGUGGUUUUCAUUCCCCGUGUUGAAUGGCGUUUGCUUCCGAAGCCCACUGAGGGCUCGUUUCCUCAGGAUUCUGAACUUGAAACUAGGAACCCUUGCUGGGAAGAUGCUGAGUUCCAUCAAAUGUGUGUUGGUGGGAGACUCCGCUGUGGGGAAAACCUCCCUGUUGGUGCGCUUCACCUCCGAAACCUUCCCCGAGCACUACAAGCCCACGGUGUACGAGAACACGGGCGUGGACGUCUUCAUGGACGGCAUCCAGAUCAGCCUGGGCCUCUGGGACACAGCUGGCAACGACGCCUUCCGGAGUAUCCGCCCCCUGUCCUACCAGCAGGCGGACGUGGUGCUGAUGUGCUACUCCGUGGCCAAUUAUAACUCCUUCCUGAACCUGAAGAACAAGUGGAUCGGUGAAGUCAGGAACAACCUGCCCUGCACCCCCGUGCUGGUGGUGGCCACCCAGACGGACCAGCGGGAGGUGGGGCCCCACCGGGCCUCCUGCGUCAGUGCCGUUGAAGGCAAGAGACUGGCCCAGGACGUGAGAGCCAAGGGCUACUUGGAGUGCUCAGCCCUCAGCAACCGGGGGGUGCAGCAGGUGUUUGAGUGUGCCGUCCGAACUGCCGUCAACCAAGCCAGGAGACGCAACAGAAGGAGGUUCUUCCCGCUUAAUGAGUGCAAGAUCCUCUAAACCUCAGAGACUGCACCCAGCACGCACUCACCGCCAAGACUAAUGGGCAUGGAUGGAAGAGCGGGCCGGCCAGCAAGGAUUGAUGCUCCUUCCGGGUAUGUCCUGACCGCGUUUCCUUUCGGAUACAGUUGUGGAUGAGACUGGCUAUUUUAACUAAAUACAUUCUACAAAUGAAGAACUCUUUGCCAAGUACAGUUAGAGGAUCCCUUGGGAAACUGUAAUGAAUAUUCUCUCUUCGACUAAAAAAAAAAAAACCAAAGUGGUCUCCAUAAUUUUGGACAAUGAAGUGAGUUUUCCAAAGAAUUCCAUAUUUAAAGACACAUUUUAUUUAAAUAACAAAAUGACUAGCACUUGGAUAUAGUUAGUAUUCACACUUGGAAAUUCCUUUCCUACCUACUCACAAACACAAACUGACAUAUGAGUGAAAUGACCAUCUAGGGCUCUACCAUAUGUUUGUAAUAUUAUUCUUUUCACCUGAAGUAGUAACUGUGUUGAAACCACUUGCCUGCUAGAUUUUACUAAGUAAUCAAAUUUGAAAAUUAUUAACUGAUCCUUGCCAUUAUUUUUCUACCCACUUGUUAUUCAGAGUUGUAUUAAAAUACAGUUUAAGGACAUAAGAGACUUUAAUACUGCCUAAUGAUUUUAAACAGCUGUCAUUUUAUGUCACCGAAAUUAUUUUUAAAAAGCAUUUCUUAUUUAUGGUAUGGCCUUUCACCCAAAGAACUCCAAUUAUGCCCUGUCUUCCUCUCUUAUUCAUCAACACAGAUGGAAAGGAAACCUUUCAGGUAGAGAAUCAGCUCCAAGUGAUGGAGAGAUGCACGUUGCCUGCUUCUUCAGACACUGGGGUUUCCUAUCUGGUUGUAGGUCUUGUGAAAGAGUAGGCUCCAAGUUCCAUAUGAUGGUGAUUUAGCAAAUUUGUCAUUUGAGCUCUCAACUGAGCUGGCCUGGCAACAUAAUUUAUUAAUUUUAGGAUCUAAUCAUGAAGGUGUCUACAUGUAUAUGCAUGUGUUUAAGGGGAAAAUAUAGAAUUUGUAGCUUUUAAUAUUUUAUGAAUAUGAAACACCCGAGUGGACAAAAAUCACAAAUUCCAGGCACAGGGAAUGGGAAAACAGUAUAGCAAUUACUUAGAUAAUAAAACAGUUAUCAGGGGGAAACACUGAAUAAAUAGGGACACCCCUUUAACACCCAUUCUAUCAGAUAGCUUAAAAGCAAUGGUUAUUGACCAUCGGUUAAAGUUGGGAACGGAGGCCUGUGUAAUUUAAGAAAUUGUGAAGGCUGGAACCCAGGUGUUUCCUUUCCUCACCUAAUCAAAUAAAACCUAGACCCACUGUGAACCACUUUUAUUAAAGCACAUCUUUGUUUUAUAGAAUAAUGUGCCACAACACAACAAUGGUAAGGCAGCAGCAUAAAUAGCUACGUUGACAUAACCAAACCAACUAAGUUCCCUUAGGUGGCCAAUUCUUUAUAGCUCUGAUCUGUGCCAAAGUCAAAUGAGUUCUCAUCUCCACACUGCCCUCUCUUUUUCUUCUCUCAUUGACAUCCAGUGCAAGGGCUGGGACCAGGGUCUUAGUCUCUAGGGCUGAGGUUCCCUCAAUAACCUGGGGCUGACUUAUCUGCCUUCGCCCAGACAGCUCCAACUCUCCAGGCCCAUGGCUCUUCCUUGCCUCUCUGUCACCUGGUCCCUUGACUUGAAAGCUACUUUAUCCAGCUCUCUCUAUGGGGCGUCACGAGGCUGACCAGGCAGGGGCCCAGGCAGGGGAGGCAACGGGAGCUCAUCCCUUCUUGAUAUCUUUGUUGAUCCUCUUCUCCAGCAAUUGCAAAUGGUCUUCAAUAAUUGGUGCAGACUUUCCUUCAGGGCCAGGCUUUAGGGCGAGGGGGGGUAUUUAACAUGAUAGCAGAAAUAAAUUUCUAAUGACUAUAAUUGGCGCUCCCCAAGAAUUCUUUCUUUUCCUUCUUUCUUUCUCUCUUUUCCAUCUCUUUUCCAUUUUUCUUUGUUUCCCUUCCUUUCUUUUCUUUCUUUGUUCCUUCUUUCUUUUUCUUUCCCUCCCUCCCUUCCUUCCUUCCCUCCUUCUGUCCUUCCUUUCUUUCUACCUCUCUUUCUUUCCACCCCUCCCUUCCUUCCUUCUUUCAGGAGACUGGUGUAGGGAGGAUGGGUAGGGAUCUGAAAAUGAGAAGGGCCCAGAUGCUUGAUUCUAAGUGAGGGAAGAGGAGACAGAGGAAGCAGUAGAGGAGGGAAGGCCAGAGAGUGCACGGCCGACGACUUGGCCUUCCACCCAGGCAGACACACACAGGAGCCCUCUGCUUAUCGGCUGGACCCAAGCUUAAAGGUUCCCUCUGGGAACCCUCCCACUUGAGAAAAGGAAGUAAGCUGUCCCCAGGGAUGUGGCCUGGCCGAAAUGGAGGCCAGCUGGUGUCUGUCUUCCCUCCUGGACCACCAUUCUUGAAGGCAGAGCCGCCUUCUGUUCCUCUCCAUGUGCUCCUGGCCCAGCUCAGGGAAGGAACCAUAGCUCAACAAUGUUGUCUUGCAUUGAAUUGGAGAGAAGGACAAGAAUUGGGUUGAUGUGCCGCCAAGUGGUUAUGGGAAGUGGAGGUGAGGGACCCUCAUGAGCCUUGCAGGGGGAAGAGUCAUUCUGUGGGAAUCCAUGCAGUGCAGGUUCUACAUGACUGAAUACUGACUUUUCCUGCCUCACUCAGGCUUGUAUUUCUCACAUUUCUAAACUUGCAGUACCUUUCUAAACUUGUAUAUCAAUUCAUAACCAUCUCAAAUAGCAACAUUAAAUCUGCCCUUGUUUACACUGAAGCGUUGGUUUGAAUGGUUGAUUCACCCUAUUCUGACACUGACUAAAUGGGGCGGCGCGGCAGAAGCUAGUGUGAUGAAAUUAGGCCGAGUGAUAAGAAAGCAGAAAGCAUCCCAAUGGUUAGAGUUUGCUGAGGGCUUUGGAUGUGCCAGGCCCUGUGCUAAGUGCCUGAGUGUGUGUCAUCUCCCUCGUGGUGUGCGUAUCACCUUACAAGAGGAAACCGAGGCCUGGCACAUUGACUGACAAGCCCAAAGCCACACAGCAAGGGGAGUGGCAGCACUGGGAGUGGCAGCACCAGGAGGGGCGUGUGGGUCUGCCAGACUCCAAAGCUCUGCUCAAAACCACUGUGUCCCACUUCCGCCCAUAGCAGCCCGACUGUAUGGCUUUGUCACAUCCCAUCUCAUGUAACCUUAUAGGCCCCAACCCUACAAGUCAAGUGGCCUGUAUUUGAAAACUUAUUUUCAAUAAAAUAUUCCAAGCCUGA